AUUCACUUCAUUAAUUCCAAGCCUCUCAAUCUCCACUUCCUUGUCUUCUGCUCAACCAGAGAAUUUGGUUGCCACACUUCAUCUAUCAUUAGAAAAAAGAGAGACAGACACACAGACAACAUGGCUAGCUGCAACAUGGCAUCAGCUGCUUCAGGAUUUGCGUUGACACCAGCUGUUGCAACCAAUACAAACUCAACUUCUAAGCCCACCAUGUUGUUUUUCUCUUCAAAGAACAACAACAAGAACUAUUCGAGGCUUGUCGUAAGGUCAGCUGAAGAGGGUGCAUCACCACCUGCUGCCACCACAGAACCAGCUGUAGCUGAAGCUCCAAAACCUAAGCCACCACCUAUUGGACCCAAGAGAGGAACCAAGGUGAAGAUACUGAGGAAGGAAUCCUACUGGUUCAAUGGCUUUGGAUCCGUAGUAGCUGUUGAUCAGGACCCCAGGAGCCGCUACCCGGUGGUGGUUCGAUUCAACAAGGUUAAUUAUGCAAAUGUAUCUACAAACAACUACGCCUUGGAUGAAAUCGAAGAAGUAAAAUGAGAGUGAUGUUUGUGCAUUGUAGUUUUGGUUUUCUUAUUACUUAUCCUACUCUCUACCUUAAAGCUUUGUAUGUUUCAUGAAUGUGUAUCAUACUCCACCUCUGUGAUUCUCUA